GGGAAGAAUAACAAGUUCCUGCGUUGUUGUGCGUCCGUCUCCUAGUGGCAUUAACAGGAGAAGGUGCAAGUCUCGAAAUCUAAAACCAUGGCCCAGGACAUGACUCUGCUCUGGGGCUCCGGCUCUCCUCCCUGCUGGAGGGUGAUGAUCGCCCUGGAGGAGAAGAAGCUGCAGGGCUACAACCAAAAACUGCUCUCCUUUGAGAAAAUGGAGCACAAGUCCCAGGAAGUGUUAGAUAUAAAUCCCAGGGGACAGCUUCCCUCUUUCAAACAUGGAGACACCAUUGUGAAUGAAUCCUAUGCAGCCUGUUUUUACCUGGAGAGUCAGUUUAAGUCCCAGGGAAACCAGCUGAUCCCAGACAGCCCAGCAGAACAAGCACUGAUGUACCAACGCAUGUUUGAGGGUCUCACAUUCUACGAAAAACUCAAUGCAGUCAUCUACUACGACUGGUUUGUCCCUGAGGGGGAGAGGCAUGACUCUGCACUGAAGAGAAACAAGGAGGCUCUGGCCACUGAACUCAAACUCUGGGAUGGUUACCUGCAGAAGCUGGGCUCAGGCACUUACCUGGCAGGACCAUCCUUCUCACUGGCAGAUGUGACCGUUUUCCCAACUGUUGCUACUGUUUUCAGAUUUGGAUUAUCUGCAGAGCGUUACCCUAAACUGGGAGAGUAUUACGCUCUGCUGAAGGAGAGACCCAGCAUCAAAGCCAGCUGGCCUCCUCAUUGGUUGGAAAACACUAAGGGACAAGACACCCUCAAAGACAUUUGAUGUUUGCUUGCAAGCCACAUCUGCCUGUAGUGCCAUAGUUUGGUUUCUCUACAAAUACUUUUGUAUAGUUUUAACUUACAGUUUGUCAAAUAUGAUCUUCUAGUUUUCUGAAAAAGAAACAGUGUUAAGAUGACUAAUAUGCUGUAAAUAUGUCAUAGUUAUAAGGCAAAAAUGUGGUUCUUAUUUUUUUUUAUCAAACAAACUUUAGUAUUUUGUUCCUGAAAAUUUUCUUUAUGUUAUCUUCCUAUCAAAAAUCAGGCUAUUAAACUGCACUGUUGUUGGCAUAGCAGCUUCCGUUGCCCAGAUACGUGUCAUGUAUAUCUUACAUCAGUAUCCAUUGACUAAUACACAUGAGAGUUGCAAAAGCAGCAGGUGUUGUUGUGUUUUGGGCUUUUCUCUAGUUUUCAACCUUUGUAUUAAAUGGGAAUCGUCUCUGUCAGAUCUUAUCCUUACAGACUGCAUUGUCAACCGGUAUACUGGUUCUACAACUGUAGCGCAGGCCAAACAAAACCGAGACGUCGCUGUUAAAGGCGUCAACACAAUCUGAGAAUAAAAGAUGGAGAAAAGUCUGUGUGUUACAGCUGCCAUUGAAGAGUUUACGUGAUCAGAUGACCCCUAUCUUCAGGUCUAGUGUGCCACAGAUUAGAUCUCAGUAGAACCGGUAGGCGGUAUCUUUGGCAGCAUGGACCGUCUGUUUUAUUGUCUGGGUGGCUGUGACAGAACUGGUUUUGCUCUGCACAAAGGUAACUGUGUUAUCAUGACUUUGCAUGCGGUAAAUCUAUAUCGCAUGCUGUGCAUGACUUUGAAUUUUAUUUAGAAUGCACACAGCCUCUCUAACACAUCCACUGAAGCUGCACUGUGCAGGGUGUUGGCCUUUAGCACUUAAAUAAAUGAUGUUAUGUGCAUUAGCUA